GAAGUUCUUGACUUCUUGAGAGACCUUGGCCCUCCUCCUCAUCCUCCUCCUUUCCUUCCCCCCCUUCCUUAUCGGCACCAUGAAUCGGCUAGGCAGACUUUCGCUGCCGCUUCGGCCUCAAGUAUGUCUGCUCUGUCAGAGCCACGCUACGGUUUCCUCGCCGCUGUCCGGAUGGCAGGCCGUCCGCUCCAUGGGCACCCUCCGACAGCGCCGCCAGGCUGCCCGAAUGACUCUGUCCUCCAAUGUUGCCAAAUCAUCGGUGAAGCAGGGCCGCUCGAAAAGGGAACGUGGGGGUCCUUUCGCGGGUAUGAAUCAGACCGAAGCACGCCUUGAUGCGCCACGGCCACGGUCACGGUCUCAGGCGGCGUUGAAGCGCUCUGGCGACUCAGAAGACAGCAGCAAGCAGAACAAUGAAAGUCCUCUCUACAAGGCACUCAAGAUGCAGACGACAUUGGCACCUGUAUCCUACGGCCGCAGAACCGCCAUUAAGUCGAAGAUCGCGGAAAUCUCAAGUUUCGACCAGUUCCCUCUACUGCCAGUCGUGCGCCACUCGAUCUUUUCCCAGGCUCUCCCCGGUCUCGCGGACGUCGUACCGACUCCGAUCCAACGUCUGGCUAUCCCGCAACUCUUACAAGAUUCAACACAGAGAAGAACCUCCAGAGACGUUGAGGACGGCGUUCCGAAUUAUGAACAAUUUCUUCUGGCUGCCGAGACCGGCUCGGGGAAAACGCUGGCCUACAUGAUUCCAUUGAUCGACUCCUUGAAGCGCCUGGAAGUAGAGGACAAGGAAAUUGAGAAAAGGGAAACGGAAGAAAAGGCCAGGGAGCGGGAGGAAAGGCUAAAGAACCGGGCUUUCGAGAUCGAACCGGAGGAAGCCCCGCUGACGAAUGCGGGUCGACCCCGGGUGGUCAUCCUCGUCCCGACAUCUGAGUUGGUUGCCCAGGUCAGCGCCAAGGUCAAGGCAUUCUCGCACACGGUCAAAUACCGGUCAGGAAUGAUCUCCUCCAAUCUGACACCCCGUCGCAUCAAGAGUACACUCUUCCACCCGAGCGGGAUUGAUAUCCUCGUCGCCACGCCCCACCUGCUCGCGUCGAUCGCGAAGACGGAGCCAUACGUGCUGAGUCGCGUCAGCUAUCUGGUCCUCGAUGAAGCCGAUUCGCUCAUGGAUCGGUCCUUUUUGCCCACCACGACCGAAAUCAUCGACAAGACGGCCCCAUCCCUCCGCAAGCUCAUCCUCUGCUCCGCUACUAUCCCUCGCAGUCUCGACAACCUCCUCCGAAAGCGCUAUCCCGACAUUAGGCGACUGACAACGCCGAACCUGCAUGCUAUCCCCCGACGCGUCCAGUUGGGUGUGGUGGACAUUCAACGAGACCCCUACCGUGGCAACCGCAACUUGGCCUGCGCCGACGUGAUCUGGUCCAUCGGCAAAGCGGGUGACUCGGAACCUUCGCACCCCUUCUUGGCUCACGCUGGGCCAAAGGUCAAGAAGAUUUUGGUGUUCGUCAACGAGCGCGAAGAAGCCGACGAGGUGGCCCAGUUCCUGCGCUCGAAAGGCAUCGAUGCCCAAUCGCUCUCCCGCGACUCCAGCACCCGCAAGCAAGAAGAGUUGCUUGAGGAAUUCACCGAGUCACCCAUCCCUCCCACGGCGGAGGAAAUCAUGUUAGCCAAGAACAAGCGUCGACAGGAAAAUGCCAUCCCCUUCAUCUUCCCCGAGCAGCCUAGGGCGGGCGUGGAGCGCGCACUGCCCAACACCAAGGUUCUGGUGACGACCGAUAUCGCAUCUCGUGGUAUUGACACCCUGGCCGUCAAGACGGUCAUCCUCUACCAUGUCCCGCACAACACAAUUGACUUCAUCCACCGACUGGGCCGUCUCGGUCGGAUGGGCAAGCGCGGCCGUGCCGUGGUGCUUGUCGGCAAGAAAGACCGCAAGGACGUGGUGAAGGAAGUGCGCGAGGGCAUGUUCCGCGGACAGGCCUUGAUUUAAAAGAAACCAAGCAAAAAGCAAACAAUUACCUGUACUACCCCCCGGCCAGUCUAACUGGCCUUUGACGAACCGGCGUUCGGAAACGGCGACAAAGGAGAAUAAUACCUAAACGCGCAUGACUCGAGAAUCAGGACAUACGGAUGUACUUUGUAUUAUAAUUGUAUAGUAUCACCUCACUUCACCCACAUAUCACCCAUUCCCCUUCAUCCUCAUUCAUCCUUACCUAGAUAGAUAGACAGACGGACAGAUAGAUAGUUAGAUACAAUCAAAUCGGAAUAUCCUUCCC